CUCUAAAUAGCCUCAGUACCUAAAGUGCAGGCUUACCAUAUCUGCCAUAAUCUUCAUAUAAAAAUGGUAUCGAAUGGUUUGUUAAGGGGACUAGUAUUCCUUAUAUUUUUGGUGUUUUCAUUUCAAUUAGAAUGCAAAGACGAGAAAAACGAACCUGUGGACUGGUUCGUCAUUUAUAAAUUCCCCAAAGAAAACCAUGCUAUAAAGCCUAUAAAUCAAGGAUUGGGAUACAUGUACCUCACAUCGAAAGUUUACACAACCUGGAUGUUAUCAGUAAAAACGAUAAAUGAUACAAAUUCUAUGGUCGCGUAUACGUUAAGCCCGUUAUACGACGUCAAGGACAAAUUGACUUAUAUACUCUACAACGAUGAAUCUCCUUAUGGCCCAAAAACGUCAACAAAAGGUCAUACAAAGGGGAUUGUGAUGGCUGAAAACUACGGCGGUUUCUGGCUCAUUCACUCUGUCCCUCAUUUUCCUCACUCGUUAAAUCACUAUCAGUAUCCGGAGACAGGAAUUCACUAUGGCCAAAGUUUCCUCUGUGUUUCUUUAGAUUUAGAAAAUCUCAAUACUGUAGGACUACAACUUCAAUACAACGAGGUACCGAUAUUUGCUCAAAACAUUUUAGAAGACUUGGCUAAAACUAUACCUGAACUCGCGAAGGCUGCGAGUAACAUCACCAUCACGUCUUCUCCCUGGUUCAGCAUCAAAGAAAUUACUUCAAAAGAUGGUGCAAAAUUCGUUUCCUUUGCCAAAUCUCGUCACUUUCUUAAAGACCUCUAUUCAGAUCUUGUAGCUCCCUCACUACAGAGCAAUUUAUGGGUGGAAACCUGGCCUAAUGAACCUAAUAGACUGCCAUCUAGCUGCGACAAUACAUUUCAGGUGUUUAAUGUUUUGUCCUUGCUAGUUUCUCUUGGCGAUGUUACUUUUUUUUCCACCGUGGACCAUUCCAAGUGGGCUGUUUCGACAAAUGUGACAAAAAACUACUGGACUUGCGUUGGAGACAUUAACAGAGCGGUAGGUAACUUUGUCAGUGGAUUUUCUCAAUUAAUUUUUUUUUUAGGAAAAACAAACCAAACGUGGUGGGGGAACCCUGUGCUUCAGCAACCCAAAAGUAGCUGCCAACUAUCAAAUGUUAAUAAAAUCAAUAGAAAAAUGCUAAUUAAAGAGUACUUAGGACAAAACUAUUUUAUUUACAACCAAAUAUGAUAUGAUGAUAAAUUAAUUUUACUUCGGUGGGUGAUAUGGGCGAGUUGUCGAAGGCUGUGGGCACCUGUACUUUAGCAUUUCGACUUCCGCUUCAAAGUAGCUCACAUUGUCAUAGCAGAAGUACUCAGGGUU